AUGACACAAUUAAAUUUUUCGGAAAACUUACGCAUCCUAGGACUCACCUUCGAUCACAAAUUGUCAUGGAAAACACACAUCAAAAAACUAAAAACUAGUUGCAUGGGUAGAAUGAACAUUAUUAAAACUUUAUCAAACCUUUCAUGGGGUUCUGACCAGAAUAGCCUCAUAUUAAUAUACAAAUCAUUAAUUCUCUCACUCAUGAAUUAUGGUUCGGUCAUUUAUGGCACUGCCAAAGCUACGACACUCUCCUCACUUGAUCCGAUUCACAACCAAGGAAUUAGACUAGCCACUGGUUCUUUUAAAACUAGUCCAGUGGCCAGCAUAUUAUGUAAUGCCGGAGAACCUCCUCUGCAAAUCAUUCGUGACAGUAACACGAUUAAAUAUAUGAUCAAGAUUUCAAACCAGCCAAAACAUAUAUCCUUCUCUAACUUCCACCAAAAUUUUCCAUAUACUAAAGCGAAGACUCCCACUACAAUCUUUGAAAACUUCAAUCGAAUAAAAAAGAAUAUUAAUCUUAAUAUAGAUUUAACCAAGAAGUCCCUCUUUCCUAUACAAGCGCCUUGGACUUGGUCCCCGGAUAUUAAUACGGAUCUUCUCAAAUAA